AGCUGCUGGGAAGGAACCCUCGUCUUUGAAGCUACCCCGAGCAGAUGACUGACAAAGUAAUGAACGGGAGGGUGCCCCUGCCUGAAAAAGCCUUGUCGGAGGGCUAUGCCCGGCUGCGGUACAGGGACACCUCUCUGCUCAUCUGGCAGCAGCAGCAGCAGAAACUGGAGUCGGCCCCCCCCAACACUUACCUGAGCCGGAGUCGGAGCAUGUGGUACUCGCAGUACGGCAACGAAGCCAUCCUGGUGCGGGACAAAAACAAGCUGGAUGUCUCCAGGGACACGGGGCAGUCCAAGUUUUGUGCUAUUAUGUAGUUUUGGUGGGUUUGCAUUAGAAAUCCACGCGUGGAGGCAAACCAGACUUGCAUCGAGCUGGGGGAGAUGGGUUUGCACCAUCCUCCCGACAGACCCACGCUAAAGCAGUGUGCACGGGAUAGGCCAGAAAGGGCCAUCUGAAGUUUACGUUUGUUUUUGCUGUUGGUAGCGUCAGAUUUUGCAUGUCAUUGAGUGCGUACGAUCAAAACAGUCUCGCUCGGGAACUCACGAGGCCGUGUUUGCUGCCUAGCAUCUUGGCAGGGUCUGUGCCGGACCAUGUGUUGCUUGUAAGUGGCUUGUGUACCGUGAGAAACAGCCGCUGUCGUUCGGGAGCCAUCCCCAGCAGGCACUUUGACUUGCUAGUCCUUACACGUCGCCAAAGCUCUGCGAAUGCUGGCGGGAGAGGGGCGAGCGCAGAUCCGUUCCCAUCGAGGCUGGGAUUUUAGGAAGGUGAUCUGCAGCUACCCGGCCGUUACUUGUUCUGCUUGCCCCGUCUCCCUUUAAUUACUGCACUGGAAGUGGUCGCUUACAACCAGGUAACGAGGUUGUAUUGUGGAGGGAGAAGGGGAAAGAAGGUAUGAGAAUUUCAUCUGAGCCUUCCAAACACCCGGCGUGUUUUGCGUUUCAUCCUGUGCAAAGCAAAGGGCCCUUUGUGGUGCCGCCGAUUGGUGUCAUGGAAAUAGCAGGCAGGGUUUCUGGAGCCAGUGGAGCUGACUCCCUUCACGCAGGUAGAUUCCCAGCCCGUGCUUCAGGAACAGAUCGCCAUGUGAACCGCUUGAAAGGGAGGGACAGGCCCAGGAGAGCAAGAGGAAGAAAGUGCCUGUAAAUACACACGUCUCCUGCUAAGGGACACAAGGAAACUCCUGCACGGGAUGUACCUGCCGCCAGAGAUCAGUUACAGAAGGAAAGGGCCUACUGACCUUUGCUUUGCAUUUCAGUUUUAAUGUGCGCAGCAGCUUGGAAGGGUUUAUCUUCUGAUUCGGGUUGGGUAGUUGAUUUGGUGCCUGUAUUUUAAAAGUUGUGCCUGGGAGUUUCAAGUAACUGAAGGAUUUUAGGAGGGAAAAAUACUUCCUGGGAAUAGGGACUGCUUUCAGGCUGUUUCCCUUAGAGCUGAAUCUUGCUCAAAGCAAGAUCAAGCUGAGAAACUCAACCCAGCAAGCACCUAAAGCUUUGUUAAAAACAAAGCUGUACCACAUCCAGGGGUGCUAAUUAUGUGCCCAGGGCUCAGCAUUAGGGUAAAACACUGGGCUUAACUCACAGACUCUGUUUACGUCCUGCCUAGGACAUCCCCCUGCAACCCCGUGUGCCCAAGCAGCGCUUAGGUAUAGGCUUAACUUCAAGCAAAUCAGUAUUUGAUGUUGACUUCAGUAUUGAUUAUUGGGCUGCCUAAAAUUAGGCACAGUCAUUACUUAUAUCUAAACCCUCUUUUGGAUUUUUUCAAGCACUUUAUUUAUGUAACACCGCGAAGAAGAAUCUCUUCCACCUCUCCCGUGUGGGUUAAACGCUACAACACACCCCCUCAAGUUUGCUGGACUCAACGUGCUGAGCAGAACAUACCUGUUCUAACGCGCGGUCGUAGAGGUUCGACGUACUCAGCCCUGUAACACGUGUACGCACUGCAAACGUAGGCAGCUCGGUUUUUUUAAAGUACUAUUUAUGCAUGUGUUGAUGUUUGAUACCUUACGUGUGCGCUUUUAAAACUAAACCUGCUGACGGACCUCAGUGCUUCGCAGACCCCUGCAUCGCUCUGCACACCCAAAUAGUCCUCUCGACCUCGCCGGGACUAGCUCUGGCCGAGAAAUAGUUUGUUGAAGAGAUGUUUUUCACCUGGGGAAAAAGCACUGAACAGGAUUCACAAAACUGGCGAGACUUGGGAAGCUCCCGGACAGAGCGUGCUGUUCAAGGCAGGGCAUCGCCUGGGACGUGUCACCCAGGCAGGGCUCCCCUCCUCGGCUGAGCCAACGCGGGAGUGUUUAUGCAAGGGGGCGGGAGGCUGGUCCGGGAGCUCCCCCGGGAACUGCAGGUGGAAGCGACCUGGAGGGGCAGGAGGGGUAGGCUCAGGGCCUUUCCAGCAGCCCAGGGGAGCAUGUGAACUCUGGGAGUUUAAGGAACAGCACAUCCCUCCAACCAGCUGUUCAUUUUCUUUGCUUUUCUUAUAGAAAAAAAACACCACUUUUUUUUUUCUUCAGUAAGAAAGUUGAUUAUUUUGGGUAUAAUCAGUCUUUUUGUUUAUGUGGCUGGUAAACCAAAAUUCAGUUAUUUGAAGAGUGUUAAUUGGACUGUGAAAACCUCAAAGAUGUGAAUAUAUUCUUCCAGGAUUGUGGCUGGACAUGACAGAAGAGCGUGACUCGUUCUUCCACCUCUCUGUGAACGUGACCGUACUAUUUUCCGUAUCCGUGUGUCCUCAUUAGUCACAGCAGGUUUGUGGAGCGGCUGCUUCGAGCGAGCGUUUCUGUAAGCCGGUUGUGUGGUGUUGAUGCACUCGUUUGAAAUGCUGUUGUAGCCUUUGAGAAAGUGCAUUAAAAUGAUCCGAACGCA